UCCGAUGAAGGAGUAUCCGGAGCUCGGGAAGCGGAGCUGGGAGAGGCCGAGGCUCGGGCCGGGGCCUGCGGAGCCACCGGGGACAUGCGAGGCGCAGCGGCAGAAGAGGAGGCCGCGUCCUACCGGGUGCUGAGCCGGCUUCUGGCAGGGGAAGAAGAAACGGCCAGGCCUAGGCUGAUGGUUUUCCGGAACAUGCUGCGAGGGGAGGAGGAGGAGGCCGCGCCGGAGCCGGAUGCUGGCGUAGAAGGGGUGUCCGGGGAAGGGGUUCCGCAGUCUUCUGAGCUCUGUAGCCGACAUCGUAAAGCCACGCAUUCCGGGGAAGGUUUGGAACUUCAGCUCGGGGCCCUGGGCUUGCGGGGGGCAGGCUGCCCGUGCGAGGAGACCAGUGACGCUCUCCUUGUGCUUGAGGCUCCAGAGGCACGAAGACUUGAAGAAGAUGAUGACGGAGAGACACUGGAAGUGGAGGCCGGAGCGGUUGCUAGAAGAGCUUCAAACAGGAAGGGCUCCCUGCGGAUACGACUUUCCAGGAUCUUCCGCACUAAGAGCUGCGCAGGAUCCGGGGGGACUAACGAGAGGAGAGGAGCUGGAGAUCUGGGGGGCUCAGGCGGCAGCCUUACAGAUAUGUCCCGGGAUAAGGAGCUGGAACUGGGCAGGAAGCCCCGUUUGACGAGAACCCAAAGUGCCUUUUCUCCAGUUUCCUUCAGUCCCCUCUUCACUGGUGAAACAGUAUCACUUGUAGAUGUGGACAUCUCACAGAGAGGGUCAUCCUCCUCUCAUCCCCCUACUCCGCCUCCGCCGCCUCGGAGAAGUCUUAGCCUUUUAGAUGACAUUGGUGGAAUACAACCAGCGUCCGUCCUAGUGGGUCCCAUGGGCUCCUCACUUCAGUCUUUCCCACUUCCGCCGCCUCCUCCACCCCAUGCUCCAGACCCUUUGCCACGAUUGGUUCCUCUCAGACCACCAGAGUGUGUUCCAGUUCCACUGGUUCAGCCCUUGCAGUGCCCUCUGUUACGACAGGACCCCAGUAGCUUUGCUGCCAGCCUGCGUGAGCUGGAGAAGUGUGGCUGGUACUGGGGUCCAAUGAACUGGGAAGAUGCUGAAAUGAAAUUGAAAGGGAAGCCAGAUGGUUCCUUCUUGGUGCGAGACAGCUCAGAUCCGCGAUACAUUCUGAGUUUGAGUUUCCGCUCUCAAGGCAUCACCCACCACACACGCAUGGAACACUACAGAGGCACAUUCAGUCUCUGGUGUCAUCCCAAGUUUGAAGAUCGCUGUCAGUCUGUGGUGGAAUUUAUCAAACGGGCUAUUAUGCACUCUAAGAAUGGGAAGUUCCUGUAUUUUCUGCGCUCACGGGUCCCAGGUCUUCCUCCCACCCCAGUGCAGCUUCUGUAUCCUGUGUCCCGUUUCAGCAACGUGAAGUCUUUGCAGCAUCUGUGUCGCUUCCGCAUAAGGCAACUUGUCCGAAUUGACCACAUUCCUGAGCUCCCUUUGCCUAAACCCCUCAUCUCUUACCUCCGAAAAUUCUACUAUUAUGACCCACAGGAAGAAAUUUACCUCUGCCUGAAGGAGGCCAGACAUGUUACGAAAAUGGAAUCUGGAAAUGAGAACUCCACGUAGCAAGACCUUUUGUAACUCCCCUCCUGAUUGGCUGAACCAGAAAACGGAGUGUUUGUGGUGACCAAGCAGGAUGAAAAAUUGAAAUUACUGGACAGCCUCAUCGGAUGGCGGAAAAAGAGGGGGCAACAUUUCAUUAUGUUCAUCUCACAUCUCCCUCGUGCUCUGCCUUCUCUAGGGGUCAUUGAAAAGUAAUUUGCAGGUGUCAGCCUGAUAGCUUUAAGGAGCCAUGCACAAUGUAACGUGGCUGAAGUACAGUGGGACAGUGCUUGGCUAAGAUUGCCCUUCUGUCACUGGAUACCUUAACUGUAAGCUUCUGGAGAAACUGGAAAUUACAAGACUGGAACAUAUCAAGCCCCAAACUCAACCAUCUAAUGGACUGUAGAUCAUCUCACUUCAUUUACUGAACAAAAUAUUUUUGUGCGAUUGUGUGAUUUGCAACAUGAAAACUUUCUUGUGCUCCUGUAUCCACAAUAUUCUAUUGUGUUUACAAGGUUUUGAUUUUUUUUUUUUUUUUAAAUCUAAAUCAGGAAAGAAACGCUGAGCGUGUACAUUUAAAAAAUGUUAGCCCUUCUGGAAGUGAAUGGGUUACAUGUAAAUCUUCUAAGCCCAAUGUUCCCAGUCCAUGACGAAAGGUUCUACUACUGAUACAUCUCCUCCCGAUCUGCCUGCUGUAUGAGGGAGAGCAGCUGUUCUGCAUUGUACUACUGAUAGCACGCUCUGUAAUUCCUACUUUUCAGUGGGAUUCCCCAUCCCUUAUUACCUUAACACUCCCUUCUAAGAAAGGGUAAAUUGAUCUUUUCGGCACCAGAACAACUCCAAGGUUAUUCUCUGGAUUUCAAGAGCUCCGUCCUGUGUUUAUACAAACAUUUAUUUUUAUCCAAAACUGUAUUUGCCAGUGCUUAAGAUUUGGUCUAGCACUACGUCGUCCAUACAUGGGGAAAACUGACUGCCUAUGUCUCCCUGCGUCCCGUCAGUGACUAAUGAAAAGUUUUCCAAUGUUGGUGAAAAAAAAUCUUUACAUGAGGAGUCGAUUUCUGCUACCCCAACAGGGUUGGGGAAUAGAAAGUUUAAAUUAAUUUUACUGGGAACAAAAACUAUUCCUAAUUCUCUCUCCAGCACAAUCCCAGCCCCCAAACUCCUCCCCUUUUAUUAUUUUGUGUAUAUGUUGUUUUAUUUUCUGCACUUAAUUUAUUGAAUAAUAGUCUGUGUAAUUUAUUUUUGCCCUGUUUUCUUAUUCUCUCCUGCUGCUUGUGAGUUUUAAUAUAUGAGCAGACAAGGUUAUACUUUGGCUGUUAUGGAGUUUGUGUCCUAUGUGUGAGUGUGGUCCACUACAAAUGGGGUGUGGUUCGACAUGUCUUUAAAGCCCUGUUUGUAUAUAUUGUGCUUAUUGACAUGAUUGGGGCACAUUCCUUUUUUAACUUUUAUUUUUGACUCCCAUUUAAUUAUUUUUUUUGUAGACAUUGAAUAGGAAAUAACAGGAAAUUGUUGUUGUGUGUUUGUGAUGUCUUUCUUCCUCCUGCCCUAAAUUGUCCUUUCCUUUUUCCCUCCCAGGAAAACUAAAGCACUCACCCUCUCUCUCCUUCCCAACACUCCCUCCCUCUAGCAUCUUGUCUACUACUAUCCAACUGCUUCUGGAUUAACACAUUUUGUUUUUCAGGAGGGUUAGGGAGAGGGUUUGAAAUAAAUCAUUUAGAAAUAAUUAUUGCA